AUGAGCAACGUUCCCAAUUCACAACAUCCACCUUAAGCUCCAUAACAAGGUGCACCAUACUAACCAAAUCACUUCUAACCUGGAUUUGCUCCUUAAUAUGCCCCCGCUCCAGUGGCUUAUGGUCCCCCUCUUACUUCAUCACCAUUGAGAUAUUCUCAACCUCUUUAUUAGCCAUCUGUUGUAGCAUAGCCAGUAUAUGCCCCAUAAGUUGUCUAACAACCUGUUCUAUGCUCCACCAGUUGUUUAACAACCAGUUGUCACUCAAUCUUUGUUGCUCAACCCGUCGUUGCUGCAUAACCAAUCAAAGGAGAAAGCAGAAUCGAAUAUGUUCCAUAUGAAAAGACUGUUUUGGAAUAUGAAGAAGUCAGACAAAAAAUUCAAGUUCCAAGAGAAAGAUAUGUGACUGAUUAUUAUGCAGUUGAGUACUAAACAGAAUAUGUUCCAUAAGUAUUCCAAGAAAAAUUCACAGAAUACGUCCCAGUAGAUAGAUAUUAAGAAAGAGUUGAAUACUAUCCAGUCGAAAGAUAGGUUGUUCAUUAAUAGGUCCAACCAGUUGUUUAACAACCAGUCUAAGUUGUUUAACAACCAGUAUCAUUGUCUAAUAACCAGUCUAAUAUGUUUAAUAACCAGUCGUCUAAUAACCUUUGGUUCAAUCAAUCCCAGUCUAGACUGUUCGUCCACCAGUUUAUGCUCCAGGAUCAUUACCUUUAGGCCAAACUGUAUCACCAAGAUUACCCCCUCAAGCUUAAACCAAACCUACCGGUUAACCAUAAGCAUAACAAAAAUAACCACAAUAAUAAUAGAAACCAAAGAGCUUUUUGGACAGAUUAUUCGACAGAGAUUGAUAUGGAUUAUUUUAUUAAGAUAAAUAUAUCAAAUCAAAUUUUGAAUUUUCUAGAUUCCUCAAUCCAUCUUAAAAUUUCUCCAUUCAAUAAAAUAAUUCUGUAAUGA